AUAUAUAGAAACCACACCCCCGCGAGCGCGGCCGGCCGGCGAACAGAGAGGAGGAGACUCGCUGAGGCAGGAGGAGGCGGGCCGGCGCGCUAACUGGAGCAUGAUGGGGAAGGCGCUCGUCGGCUCUGCUGUUUUCCUCCUCCUGGCCGCGCUCGGGGCGGCGGGGGCCUCUGCCGCGGACAUCACCCGGGCCGACUUCCCCGCGGGGUUCGUCUUCGGCGUCGGCUCGUCGGCGUACCAGGUUGAAGGUGCAGUUGCAGAGGAUGGAAGGAAGCCUAGCAUCUGGGACACAUUCACACAUAAAGGAUAUUCUAUUGACGGUGCGACAGGUGAUGUAACUGCGGAUCAGUAUCAUAAGUACAAGGAAGAUGUAAAGCUUUUGCAUGAGCUGGGUGUUGAUGCCUACAGGAUGUCGAUUGCCUGGCCUCGACUUAUUCCUGAUGGCCGAGGAGCUGUCAAUCCGAAGGGGCUGGAGUACUACAACAAUCUGAUAGAUGAACUCCUUAGCUACGGAAUACAACCUCAUGUAACGAUCUAUCAUUUCGAUUUUCCUCAGGCUCUUCAAGAUGAGUACAAGGGGCUGCUUAGUCCUAGAUUCAUAGAGGACUACACAGCAUACGCAGAUGUGUGCUUCAAGAACUUUGGCGACAGAGUGAAGUACUGGAGCACUGUCAAUGAACCUAACAUCGAAACGAUUGGCGGAUUUGACCAAGGAAUCCUACCACCACAGCGAUGCUCAGCCCCCUUCGGCUUCGGUUGUGAUGAAGGCAACUCCACCACAGAACCGUACAUAGCAGCACACCACCUUGUACUUGCGCAUGCAUCUGCAGUGUCCCUAUAUAGAGAGAAGUACCAGGCUGAGCAAGGAGGACGAAUUGGACUAACCUUGCUUGGUUGGUGGUAUGAGCCUGCAACGGAGACUCCCGAUGAUAUUGCAGCAGCUGCAAGGAUGAAUGAUUUCCACGUUGGAUGGUUCAUGCAUCCUAUGGUGUAUGGAGACUACCCUCCAGUGAUGAGGAAGAAUGUUGGGUCCAGACUGCCAUCCUUCACGAAUGAAGAGGCAAAAAGGGUAAAGGGAUCUUUUGAUUUUGUCGGAUUCAACCACUAUGUUGCCGUCUACGUGAAAGCUGAUCUUAGCCGACUAGAUGAGAAAGUGAGAGAUUACAUGGCUGAUGCAGCUGUGGCAUAUGACAUGCCGUUCCUCAAGUCAAGGAACCAGUUCCCGUUCGGGUUGGGGUUGACGGCUGAUUUUACGACGCCCACCCCCUGGGCUCUCAAGAAAAUGCUGAAGCAUCUCCAAGUGAAAUACAAGAACCCUGCAGUGAUGAUCCAUGAAAACGGAGCUGCUGGACAGCCUGAUCCAUCCGGCGUGAACACCUACGAUGACGAAUUCAGGUCACAAUAUCUCCAAGAUUACAUCGAAGCCACGCUUCAAUCCAUCAGGAACGGAUCAAACGUGCAAGGUUACUUCGUGUGGUCAUUCCUGGACGUGUUCGAGUACCUGUUCGGCUACCGCCUCCGGUUCGGUGUCUGUGGCGUUGAAUUCAACUCGACGGCAAGGACAAGGUAUCAGAGGCACUCGGCCAAGUGGUACUCCAGCUUCCUCCGUGGUGGCGAGCUGAGGCCAGUGGCUCUACCUGAGGGAGCAUAUUCACAGUGAUCAACAACACGCUCCAGCUCAAGGGGGAUAUCUGGUAAAUUUUUUUGAAUGGCAAUGUAUGGUAAAUUGGUGAUCAACACUCUUGGGGUGGAAAGAAUAGAGAAUGUAUAAGCACGGUUAGUUGGGUGGUAUAUAUAGCAGUGCCUAAAUAUGAUUUCCUUGGGUAAAUAUGGUACGAGUUAAAUAAGCUGGUUUUAGCGUGUGGUUGGGUGCUUAUUGGGGUUUUAAGAUGGAAAAGUCAGCCGUUUAUAGGAAAAAAGGACAAAAGACUGUGAUAAUGUAAUGGUACUGUUGGCACAUAAAAUUAUCCAAAAUCUAUAACGGAUUCCGUCGUUAUGUUUCUAAUGUUUCUAUUGUUGA